AUGGCUAGUAUUAAUAUUACCGCGAAGCAGCUUCGCAGCCUCCACGUACCAGGCAAACCGAUCAUCAUGGCAAAUGUGUAUGACACCCUUUCAGCGGAAGCGGUAGGCUCGUUGCCAUCAUGUCAUGCUCUACACACAGCUAGCUACGCUGUCGCACGUGCUUCAGGCACUAACGAUGAUGACAUGACUCUCGAAACCAACCUUGCGGCAGCUGAAGCGAUCAUAAAGGUGGCAAUGAAGUUCAACAAGCCGCUUAGCGUGGACUGGCAAGAUGCCUACGGCAAACGACUCGACGAAGGUAUCAGUAGUCUCUUGAAAAUGGGGGUUGUUGGCAUCAACCUUGAGGAUUGUGACAAGGAGACGCAGCAUAUGCAUUCGCCUGAGGAAGCUGUGGCGCGGAUCAAGCAAGUCCUCGAGGUGACGAAGCGUGAGGGGGUGCCUGACUUCGUCCUCAAUGCUCGGUGCGAUGUUCUCGUGCAGGGCGGUGAGAUGGACGAAGUAAUCAAGCGAGGCAAGUUGUAUCUGGACGCAGGUGCCACGACUGUCUUCGUUUGGGGUGGGUCCAAGAGAGGGGUAUCUCGCGCGGAAGUGGAGCGGAUGGUGAAAGAAUUCCAGGGACGCGUGAAUGUGUCCAUGAAACUGGCGCCUGGAAAUCUGACUGCGGAAAACCUCGUAGAUCUUGGGGUUGCGAGGAUUAGCGUCGGUCCUCAGCUACAAGCUAUAGCCCUUGAGCAUUUUGGGAAACAGGCAGAGGCUCUUUUGCAGCAGAGGAAGUGA